UCCGCUACAGUCAUUAGCAUUGAUUAUGUCGCACCUGUACUGCUACAUUUCUGAACAAGAGCCAUUUCACAUGCGAUAGAGUGAAGCACUGAUGAUUAUUGAACUGUUUGAAGGAACAAAUAGUUCUGCCAACAGUAUGAACAGCUGCAGUGAUGUCACUAGGUGGACAUUCAGAGAGCAAGCAUCUAUCAUUUCCCCACCGUCUGAGCACAAAAGUCUGUCAUUCUCUUCAUGAAGGCUAACCAGGAUCUUCUCAGGUGGACAUAAUGAGGAGGAUGGUGGUGCUGGUGUCUGAGUACAGCUAUGACAACGGGGCGAGGGGGGGUGAGCCUCCUGUGGUGUUGCCCAACGUCACCAACAUGACCUCUCUCAACAUCAUGGAGAACAGCUGCAUGAACAAUUUCAACACUGUUGCCUGUGUGAGGAGCGGCAUUCUGGCUGGUUUGGCAGCCUUGACAGCACUUCUGUGUAUUGUUAAGCUUGUGCGCUUGCACAUAGCACGACAUCCUUCUUGCCAUCAAUAUGUCAUCUUCUAUGCUGCUGCGUUGGAAUGUGUUACAGGGGGCAUCCACUGGAUCUUCUGGAACGUGAGUCAGCUGGACUUCUUGCUGCAGUACAUGAAGCUUCUGCAAGUCCUCAUCAUGUCACACUACUACAUCACCUUGGCCAUCCGUGCCCUGCGCAAGGAAAAUCUUGCUGACCGAUUCCUGUACCCAUUCCUGUGUGUUGCUGUCCUUUACUUCACCAUCAUUACUUCACUGGGCAUUUUCAACACUGCAUCUGCUUACAUGGAAUGUAUGGCUCCUUAUUGGCUGGCCCUUUCGGGCGCGGAGCUGGUCAUCGUGCAACUGUUCGCUGUGUCUGGCUUCUACAUCACCCGCCGCCUCAAUGAGAUCAGCACCCUGGACUCUGUGCGCUGGGCUCAGAAAAGAGACCUCUGGUGCAUUGUCAUUGUAUUUGAGCUGUCAGCACUGGUCACUUUCAUGUACGACCUCGUUCUGCAGAUAGUUGGUGAUGAGGACACUGGAUGCAGUGCGAUUUUUUCCUACCUCCAGAUUGUGUACUCUCCACUGCUCGUCUCUCUCAUGGUGCUGAAGCUCCUCCUGCCUAUCUGGGUGAUGCUGUUUGUGUUCCAGCCUCAUGUGACUGUGACAGAGAGGGAUGACAUCCUGCCAGCAUUCAGCGAGGAAGGGACGUAUGGGUCUAUCUUUAGUGAUGACCAGUCAUACCGCCAGCUCUACCAACCUGCGGACAGCUUCUGCUACAGCACACCCACCCCGUCCCCCACCAGCUCCCCAUCCAUGUACGACCCGAGCGUCCCGUUUACGUACACCAACCCAGCAGUGGUGCGCUCGGGGCUGCAGACCAUCGCUGAGGAGAACAAUGAUGACGGAGAGAAGAAGAAGAACCUCCAGCAGACCGCUGCACCUGCACCAGCUCCUCCUGCUCCUCGCAGUGGCGGGUCCCCCAAGGCAGAGAGGUCGAAAUCUCGUCCAAUCAGAACCCAGGGACAGUACCAGAGGGGGAAGUAUGUCACCCGGAUCGUGUCAAAGGAAGGCCAGAAAGGCGGAGACAACUUUUAGUCUGCAUCAUUGGCUAAUACCUAGUGGCCAUUCGAGGAUCAGUUUGGUUUGGUUGGGUUCGGUUUCUGGUGGCUUUAUUGCACACGAAAAAUAGACCCCUGCCUCAAACCAAUAGCCCGUCUAGCGGCCUUGAAAACAAAUGAGCUUGGUCUUGAAGGUCAUCAUCGGUUUCGUUCGGUUUGUGCCUCGCUAGUAGGUUUCUCCCUCCAUGGAGGAAAAUCUGGCUAGCCCCGGCGACCAAACCAAUGACGAUCUUACCAUUGGGCAUUGGGUAUAAGCCAUCGUAGCUUAUGGAAGUAGCGGCACAGAACACAGAUGACAGCUAACAGCUUGCAUGAGAGGCAAAUCGGCUUUGAGGUGCACCACACGUUAGAUGGAAGCGUUCGUUAGAUGGAAGCGUUUCAAGAGUUUUAUUCUUCAAGACUUGGCAAUAGCCCCUUUCUUGUCCUCUUCUUUUUUCCUUUUCUCUUCUCAAUUAAGUAUGGAUAAUUAUUAUUUUAUUCCUCUCUCUCUCCAUUGGUCUUCUGACCUCUCUUGAUUUUAUUAUUACAUUGAGAAGACACGGAUAAUCAUUCAUAAUGACUUUGAUCUUAUUGUCUUAUAGCAAAGUGUAUUUAUUAUUCGACAUGUGUGUAUGUGUGUGUUUAUACUCACAUACAUAUAUACAUGUGUGUGUGUAUGUGUGUCUAUAUGUAUA